CGCUGUUUUUGCAGCUGUCUUUCAAAACAUGAGACUUUAAAUCGGCAAUUUUUUGUCAUAUUUCAUCAAUUGUCAGGAUCUGUCGAUGCGUUGCACAUUUUUCAAGAAGAAGAUGUAUCGUCUCUGAUGACGAGUAGACCUGCGCGAUGACGAUUAUGAAACGACGAUUACAUCAUGACUUCUCGUCACUCGUCGCAUCAGCUGAUUGUUACGUCGCUUGUCAAGGCGCGCAAUAGCAGUAACGGAGGAAGGGAAAAAGGAGGGGAAAGGAGGAAGAAGGAAGGCAAGAAUAGGGUCCAAACUCCAGACCAUGCGGAUUCCCGCUGCGCUCGUCGCGCUCUUCGCUCUUCGUCCAUCAACGUUGGAGGACGUCGGCGUUGUAGGUCGAGUUCCUCAUGGUCGCGAUCACCACGUGUCGCGCCGCCGCGGUCCUCAGGGCCGUGAUACUCGGCGCACCGGCAUCCGGCAAGGGCACCGUGUCCGCGAGGAUCGUCCAGCAGUUCGGCCUCGCACACAUCUCCAGCGGCGACAGGCUGCGUCUCCACGUGUCCACCAGCACCGAUCUAGGUAAAGAGGUAAAGAGAUACAUGGACAGUGGCAGCUUUGUACCAGAUGAUACAAUGAUAUCCCUCAUCAGCGAGGAGAUCGAGUUGGUGGUGGAUCGGAAUUGGCUGCUGGAUGGAUUUCCGAGAACGUUGACGCAAGCGAAACGGUUGCAGAAUCUACAGUCGAUCAAUCUCGUCCUGAAUCUUGUGGUGCCGACCUCCGUCAUACUAGACCGCGUCAAGAGUAGGUGGGUUCAUUUGCCCAGCGGCAGGGUCUACAAUAUCGGCUUCAACGAUCCACGAGUGCCAGGCAAGGAUGACGUAACAGGUGAGCCGUUGAGUCAGAGAGAGGAUGACAAGCCGGAAGUCGUGCAGAAGAGACUGCAAGACUACGCGACGAAGACUGAGCCGGUCGUCCAGUUUUACCGCGAUAUUGGAGUAUUGAAGGACUUUCACGGUAACACUACAAACGAAAUGUGGCCGAAAAUCAGAAAUUGUAUAGCACAAUAUUUUUGAGUUUUAGAUCAAUUUUCUAAGCAAAUAAAUUUAAAUAUAACACCAUAUUUUUGAGUUUUAGAUAAAUUUUUCUAGGCAAAUAUAUUUAAAUAUAGCAAAUGAUUGUCUCUCGGAUAGAUUCUCCCUCUUUCUGUGCGAUCCUUAAAUAGAUCUAUUUAGAAUUUUAGAAUUAGAUCUGAUUGUAAAAUAUCUCUUCUUCAAUCUAAUUCUUGUAAAGCUUGGCAAUUCAAUAUUAUACCUACCCAGUAAACAUAGAUAUGUAACUGUUACAUAACAUGUAAUGAACAUAUAGAUUUACAUAUACAUUUAUAACAUAAUGUUAUAUGUUACAUUACAGUUAUAUCCCAGUUAUAGCACAAAUAAAUCUGUGCUCAUGAUAAUAAUCAAGAACUAAUUUUUAUAAAUUUGU